AUGUCAUAUGUACCUUGUGUGGCCUGUAACUGGGGAAAGUCCAGAUUCACCGGGAUUAGUCGCUUGCAAAUGAACCAAAGGCCGGGAAAUUCAAUUUCAACGACACAGUUAAACAUUAAACAUUCCAAGCACAACAAACGCCUCUUCGAACGUGGGAAUCUAGCAGACAGGCAAUCGAUACCCGUUUCUUGGAGCAGGUGGAGAUUUGCGCAGAUGUUGGGGCCGACCAACAACCGGAAUUUAUCGAGAGCGAUGAACAAUGAAAAUGUUAUUCCCCCCGCAUCACCUAGCAUUACGAUCCGUGCUCAGUGGACCCUAAGAGCCGGGAUAGUGUUUGUGGAGAGACUCAGCGGUUUAUGGGAGGGAUUGGGAAAUACAAAUCGAGGAGUUGGAUAAGACUGGGUUGAGAUGCCCGGGACCAAGCAUCGUGUAUACGGUUGACCACCCUUCACUCCCCCGGAUGUAGAAACCUGAAGAAGGCAUGAUACCAAAUGCUGGAAGCUACUGGGCCCGCACGACAUGCAAUCAAUGUGUCUUGAUCUGCGGCGCUGCCACUUCCUACAUACGGGAAUAUGUCUGGAAGGCCCCAGCUGGGAUUCCUGCAUAAACAGCUCCUGGUUUGUUGCGGCCACGGGGGGUGUUUUUUGAUGGGGAGGUUUUCUCCCUAUGCCUGUUUUCUCUUUUUCCUUGAUUUUUUUUGCUGUUAAGUUCUAUGCUGCAUCCGUCGUCUGUGCAUGUAUCACAUGGUAUGAUCCACGGUUUUGCGCCCGGACCAGAUGGAUAACGGGCUGUCACAGAACCCUCGUGUUAAGGUGAGUGAGAGGAGCUAACAGCCCAUGCGAGGUGGCGCAUGUGGUCGUGAUGGGCUUAGCUCUGCUUUUCGCUUCGAUCGACAUGUUUCAGCAUCUGGCUGGCACGUUAUAUGGACGUCGGCUCUCUGCGCUUUGAAAAGGCUAUGAAACCGCGAGCAUCCUGCAUUUCUAACCCGAAGCCAACCCGCACACGCCGUACUCUGCGAAAGCGUCGACCGUGUGAUUACAUGAGGAUGCAAUCUUCGGUUUGGGUGCAAUACCUUCUAAAUAAACUGGUCUGUAUAUGACCUGUUAUCUACCGGCAAAAGCAUCUCCAGUAAAGCCAGGAUCCAGAACACCACAACUUCUUGGGCAUACAGUCUAAUUCCCCCCAUGGGUCCCCCGUCAUUCCCACUCCACUGGCGGCUUUCCACUCUGGGGAAUGUAUCAAAUUAUUGCAUAGUGUCGGGGUUCAAGGCGUCUAGUUGCGUGCUGUCGUGGUAGCUAUUCUCCUACGACGCAUAAUGCCAUGACUAAAGCCACGUGCAAGUGACUGAAGGCAUUACAACAAACAAUAUAACCAAUCCACCGGAGUAUUUACAGUUUCAGUAUUCUACUUUCCUUUGAACAGAUCCCCGAAUUGUACUGGGUAUCCCCCUUGCAAUCGCUGCCUUCACUGUUGCCCUAUCUUCAAUCUACAAGCUCCGGAAUGAAUAUAUAAACCUGCCUUAUUUCUCUUUUUCCUCUGCCUUCUGUUUCUCUUUCUUCAAACAUCAGUUACCAGAGUUCCAAACAGCGUCCCAAUAUUUCAACUACCAAAUUUCGCAAGAGGAUUAUCCGUCCCUCGCACUUCCAAACAAACUACCUUCAAACAAAAUGUCUCCCAAUACUGCCAACAUCUCCUCCCCAAAGGUCCCAGAGACCGGCCCAGUCUUCGUCCGCAACAGCGGCGGCCAGUGCAUUGUGAUGUAGAUAUUCUAUAUCACAAUAUGUGGCAUCUGCCACGGGGGAAACAUUUUGCAGAGUGCUUCGGCCUCAGUUACAUUGAUAUAGAAAACGACCAAUUCUUUUUCCUCGCGCCAUGGAUGCAGGGUUCCUUCAGCUGUUCUUUUUGAGUUAUGCCUGUUACUUGCAUGGUUGGGAUUGCCUGUGCGAAGUUAUCGAUGAAGAAUCCAAGUUCACACUCAGAAUUGAAAGGCGGCUAGGGGAAUGAGAACUACCAAGGAGGUUAUUCGCUAUUUCCUUCCGACUGGAACUCUUUCUCGUUACCUCACCUUCAGAUUAAAGAUACGCAGAAACUAUCGAGUCCAACGUAACCCGCCGGCUAUCACAUUCUAAAACUCAGAAAAGACUACCACCGACGCAACUCUACUUCCGAACGAUCUUCGACGACCCCUUUGAGAAACGCAAAGCCCUUUGUAUCCCCCUUUGCGACCCUUGCGGGGUUGUUUACGCGAGCAUGUUUCCUCUAUCCUGUCUGAUCUUGGCUUACAGGCUCUGUGAAAUGUUGUUCCCCCCCAUUUUCCUUCUCUUGUUAUUUUCCUUUUCAUAUUCGUGAUGCGAAAGUGAUCGUAACCACCACCCAUCCUUUUCUGUUGUUAUUGUUAUUCUCCUUCAAUUUUUUUGUCAACCCCGACGGGAAUGUUGUAUUCGUACUUACAUUGGAUAUGUACUGCUUCCUGGGCCUACUUGCAUUCCUUGUUUGUCCCGAAUCACUGUUACUUUUCCCAAGGCCCACGCUCCUCGGCUUUGGUUAUGCAGUCUGGCUGAACAUUCGGAAACAUGAGGAGAGGGACCAGAAAGGAAAGAGGAAUAGGGUGGCAUCAUGGUAAUGCAUGUAUGAGUUGUUGUUGUUUGGGGGGGGGGAGAGGGGAGGGGGGGAAUGUUUAAAAGAGAAGAGAAAAAGAAAUGAGACGUGAUUUUUUUCGCCUCUCUCUCCUAUCCAACCCGGCCGUCCUCGCUCAUAAAUGCAAGUACACUUAUCGAUGAUUGUCUCCCCGUUUCUCUUCAACAUUCUCGUUUCGCAUUGUUGUUUACCCAUACCCAAUCCCAGUUUUUAUGACAUGAUGUUCCUCGCCAAGUUUCUUACGCCCAUUGUGCCAUAUCACGACGCUCUUUUUCUUUUGUCCCCCUAUUAUCUUCGGAUUGUUGUUAUUAUUUUGCCUUCUUACAUAGGGGAUAAGCUGGGUAUGUGGAUGGGCCAGUGUGGAAUUCAAGGCUCCAUGUUUUAUGUACUGUGCUGUGCUGUGCUGUGCACAAAUGACUUCAAAUGACAUGUACAUGUGAUACAUAAACAACCAUCUACUACCUACCCCACUGGCGGGUGUUGUUUAACUCCUUUACUCAUUGAAUUUUUGUAUUUUUAGUAAGCAAUGAGUGGAAUUAAUUGAGUUAGUAGAUGCAAUAUUACAUUAAAUUGGGCGGGGAAGCUUCAUUAUCUUUUUUCUCUUGCUUUCUUCCUUCCUUUUCACAUUUCUUUGUUCCCUUGCUCAUUGUAUAGUCCAAGGGUAUUUUGGGGGUCAUAAACGCAAUACAAAGACGCAGAGAGGAG